UUGUUUAUACUUGGAAGAGGUGAUGAAUACACUUCUUUUUUAAAAUUCCAUGUGCUGUAAGUUCAGUUGGCAUGAUUUGAGAAUAGGACUUCAGGUGAACUUUUGUCUGGAGUUUGAGGAAUAAGGGAAAAUGAAGACCAUUCUGUUUCUAGCAAUAUUUGCCGUCAUGUAUUCACAUACAGUUGGCGAUCCUUGUAGAGACUGCCGCGACACUUACAAUAAUGGUGGCAAAAACUGCACUGACAUAAUGGCGUAUACAAAAUGUAUCUUUGAGGCGGCCAGUGACGAUUGUUUCAACUCUGCUGAUAGUUACCUGCGCACUGGGGACAGAGACCGUGCAAAUGUUGCUCCUUGUGAAUUUGUCGACACAUGCAAGUGUCAAGUGGAACGGGCAAUGGCAGCCAUUAGUUCCAACCCAGAGGAGUGCAGGGCUAACCUAGCAGAACUCGAAUGUUUGCUGGGUACAUCACAGACUGGCUGCGAUGAAGUAAAAACGAACAUCCAACUUCUUAAGGAAUCGGAAACCAAAGCCAAAAAUAAACGUUCCUGCUCGCUGAGCGCAACUUGUCAAUGUCAGGUGGACCGAGGGAAAUCCGACAUGUCUACCAAUCAGAAGAAAUGCGAUGCUUACAAAGCCGAACUUGCGUGUUACAUCAACACUCCGGACACCACCAGCUGCAAUGGGUCUCCGUUCAAUGACACGGUGCUGUUUGCCAAACAAAAGGCCAUAGCAGCAGUAGCAGACUGCCUCUCUGAAACCUGCAAGUGCCAUGUUUUGUAUUUCACAAACGACAGAAGCACAAGCGAACUGAACUGCGCGGCCAUAACUGCUGUCAAGGCCUGCGUAACCGCUAUAUCAGACGCAAAUGAAUUUAGUUGUGAUGGAAGCACUACCCGAAGCAAUGUAGUUACAUACAUUGACGAUAAAGCAACAUCACUGAACUGUACUGAUCCAAUACUAUCGGCAGCUGAUAUUUCAGGCAUAUCAACGGAAGAUGCAGGUAAAAUACAAUCUGAAGUUGACGUUUCAGGCAUAUCAACGGAAGAUGGAGGUACAAUACUAUCGGCAGUUGACGUUACAGGCAUGUCAGUGGAAGAUACAGGUUCGGGUUCAAAUGUAAUCCGCCUCUCCAAGUUCGCAGCUGUUGCUAUGGUGAUACUGUGGAAGACCAUUUAAUAUGCUGGAUACAUUUUGUCGAGAUUUGAACGUUAUUUUAAAACGUUUGAACAAUACAUUGUAUAUUAUUAGAUAAUAGUUUGGCACAUCUUUGCACAAUUAAAUGUAAUAAUAGAAUCCGGUGAUAAAUGUUUGAACAUUUAUUUUGCAUGUGCUUUCAUCUGCGUUGACUGGUAUCAGCACAUUUUCCAGAUGUAUACGAACACGAUAUACCGUACAUAUCAUUUUAGGAAUAACUGAUCAUAUCUGUGCCUUGAAUAUAGUUCUAAUGCUAACACAUUAAAAAGUUUGUUUAAA